AUGUUAGGCCCUGCAAACCUUAAACAAGGAAUUUUAGUACAAAACCCACCUCCGAACCCACACUGUGCCCUCCGAACCGCCGCCCGCCUAUUCCCUUCGUCUUCACGGAGGUCGGUCGGCAUUCCAUCGUGCGCAGGCUCUCAAGCAAGCGCCACACCAUCUCGACGAGGCCACGGGGAAGCUGUGAGCGGCGUGGAGUCCAGCGAUCAACCGAUCGACGACAACGAACUGUGGCGAGGGUGUGACAGAAGAACGAGGAAGUUGUUCUUUAUGGAAGCAUUAGGCAAUUGCUCCGGUUUACUCUUGAGAACUUUGACUGGAACAGGAAAAGCUAAUUCGCUGAGUAUGAGCAUAUGUGGUGGCAGUACGGGAUGGGUGACCCGAGAUGAGCUGCGGGGAGGGCUCAUCCAAACCUGACUGAUAUUGAAAUUUAUUGUUAGCUUCGGCUAUAUGAUUGUAUGUUCUCUAGGAGGUACCUCUAGGUUUAUGGGAUUGUUGACUGUCUCUAAUUGUGGUUACCAGAUAUGUGACAUAUUCAUCCUAUUAGCUACAUAGGAAUACUGGUGCAUAUUAUAUCUCAUUUUCUUAUAUCGUAUUGGGUUGCAUUCUGUUUUCUUUA